AUGGGAGCCCAACGGGAGCAAGCUCAGAAGCCCAGCUUGCGGGUCCAGAACCUGUUUAAGAGGGUCAAGGCCUUCUUCACCAAAACCUGUCCCCCAGCCCCACCCCCAGCCCCCUCCCGGAACCUGGGCUGUACCCAUGUAUACGGGUACGUGUUUGGGCACCUGGGGGAAAGAGAACCGGAGCAUCCCCCAUCGCAGCAGGUGCUGGAUACAGGGGAGCAGCUGAUGGUCCCCAUGGACGUCCUGGAAGUGGAUAAUGAGGGAGCCUUGUGGAAGCUCCUCCUCUCAGGAGCCAUGGCUGGGGCAGUGUCUCGCACGGGCACGGCCCCCCUGGACCGUGCCAAGGUGUAUAUGCAGGUCUACUCCUCCAAGAAGAAUUUCAUGAAUCUGCUGGGAGGUCUCCGAAGCUUGAUCCAGGAAGGGGGCAUCCGUUCACUCUGGAGGGGCAAUGGUAUCAACGUGCUCAAGAUUGCUCCAGAGUACGCCAUCAAGUUCUCUGUCUUUGAACAGUGUAAAAACUACUUCUGCGGAGUGCACGAGUCCCCACCCUUUCAGGAACGUCUCCUUGCUGGCUCUCUGGCUGUGGCCACUUCCCAGACGCUCAUCAACCCCAUGGAGGUGCUGAAGACGCGGCUGACCCUGCGCCGGACUGGCCAGUACAAGGGGCUGCUGGACUGUGCCAGGCAGAUCCUGGAGCAGGAGGGCACCCGUGCCCUUUACCGCGGAUACCUCCCCAACAUGCUCGGCAUCAUCCCGUAUGCCUGCACCGACCUGGCCGUCUAUGAGAUGCUCAGGUGUCUUUGGCUGAAGUCAGGCAAGGACAUGAAGGACCCUAGUGGCCUGGUCAGUCUGUCGUCUGUGACACUGUCCACCACUUGUGGACAGAUGGCCAGUUACCCGCUGACUUUGGUGCGCACCAGGAUGCAAGCUCAAGACACUGUGGAGGGUUCGAACCCCACCAUGUGUGGAGUCUUCCGGAGGAUCCUGGCCCAGCAGGGCUGGCCAGGGCUAUACCGAGGCAUGACCCCCACAUUACUGAAGGUGUUGCCUGCAGGCGGCAUCAGCUACGUGGUGUUUGAAACCAUGAAGAAGACCCUGGGAGUAUAA